AUGACGGGGUCUGGCGCCAUCUACGAGUCCGGCACGAAGGACUCCGGAGUCAUCUCCAUGGUGCCAACUCCUCCGACAUCGAGUCCGCCGGCGCCACAUCCCUGGAAUGCGAUGAAGCCAUGCGCGCGAGGACCGGCGAGCGGUGAGGCAUGGCGAACGGACCGGCGAGCAGCAUGGAUUAAUCAAGAGUUGUCUGUAGCACAUACCAUGUCAACGUUGAUACGGUGUGAAGAGAUCAAUUUGGUUGCUGCGCAGAUCAACACAUACAGUGGGUUACUGCAGCAAUUAGCUCAUUCUCGAGAGCACAUGAGUGGUGACGAGAACACACCAAGUGUCGAGCUUGUCAUCAGCCAGGUGGUGUGGGAUGAGGAACUGUUUCAUGACGAUUCACAUGAUGGAUUACUGCAACAACUAGCUCUAGGUGGAGAGUGUUGGAAUGGUGAGAAGAUGAUCUGCAUACGUCUCUCUUGGAUAUCAUCUACAGGGUUUGGAAGGAAGGUUAUACGUUGUAAAUUAGCCAAAAAAUGGUGGCUUUGGAGAUGUUAUUAUAUGGCAACAGGUAUCUUUGAGAACAGGGUUGUUUCUGAUUAUGUCAUGGAGGUCCUUGGGUUGACUGUUGGUGAGCAGUCUCGUUUGAUGGCAGUUUGGUUGAGUAGUCCCACCGCUGAUCCUGUGUCCAUCGUUGCUUGUGCAAUGAAAUAUAUUGAGCCUCAUUUGGAUCGUCUUCCCAUUCAACUUCGCAAGUGGAGGAUAUCAGUUGGUGAUAUUGUUGUUAGUGUAUAUCCAGUUAAAAGUAUUGUGCAAAGGACUGGCUCUUCUAGAGCUUUUGUGGAUAUUCCAAUAAGGAUCAAGGUUGUUUCUCAAAACAAUUCAGUUGCUCCUGAAGCUGUAGUACCAUUUACUUUAGAAGUUGAAGUAGUGUCUUUGUUUGUUUUGGACAAUCUUGAUUUAGUUGUUGGAGAUCAAUCUUAG